AAUGGGACGCAAAUCAAAGACCGCUGCUGGUAAAAAAGGUGCUGCUGCUCCAGCUAAGGCUGCCAUUAACAAGUCCAAGAAGGAUAAAAAUAUAUUUAAAGUUAACGAUGCCAAAAAUAAGAAGAAACCAAAGGAAGUGCAAGGAAAAUUGAAAAAGAUUAAGGAGGUGGUCAAGAAUAAGCAGGAGAAAAUCGAUGCAAACUUGAAGGAGUUGCAUAAGGAUAUGGUCGUGAAGAAACCAAAAGCCACAACCAAUAAUGCAUCGAUUAAGAAAAAUAAGAAGGCACCAGCCAAUACGAAUAAUGUGUCCCAAAAAUUAGACAAUUUGAAAUUUUAAAAAGCGUUAAUCCAUAUCAAAACGAGAAAUACUCGGCUGAUUGAAGUGUCGCGACAUUUAGGCAAUUAGUUGUUGAUGUUUCAUUCACCAGAGCAUUUUAUUUCCAUGUUUUAGUAUGAAUCUAUAGAUAUAUGUACUUAUAUAUUAUAAGUAUUUAGUGAGUUUUGUUGGAUAAGAUCUAGCAUAUUUUAUGGAAAUUCGAAUUAACACGCGUGUUUAAAUAAGUACAAAUGCUGAAACAUUAACACACACAUACAUAAUUAAUUCACAAUAAAACAUACGUGUAUUAUAAUACAUACAUAUA